AUGGCGACUGAUAAAAAUCAUUUACGCCACUGUAUUUUAUAUAAAUUUCAACAAGGAAGAAAUGCUACAGAAGCAUGUAGAAAUUUAUUGAAAGUGUUUGGUGAAAGUACAGUUUCUGAUAUGACAUGCAGAAGAUGGUACGAAAAAUUUGAAACAAGUGAUUUUAACCUUUCUGAUAAGCGUUCUGGGCGACCAUCUUUGAUCGACGACGAUGUUGUUAAGGCAAUGUUGGAGCAAGAUCCUUUUCUGACAACAUCGGAGAUCGCACAAAGGCUUAAUUCAGCUCAACAAACCAUUUCUGACCAUAUUCGGAAGAUAGGAUUGGUGUGGAAGUAUUCAAGAUGGGUGCCACAUGAAUUAAGUCAGAAAAAUUUGGAUGAUCGAGUUGUCAUAUGCACAUCUCUGCUUGCUCGGAACAAAAUCGAGCCCUUUUUGAAUCGGAUGAUAACUGGGGAUGAAAAGUGGAUUACAUACAACAACAUUGUAAAGAAAAGGGCAUAUUGUGAACCUGGAAAACUAACCCUUCCACCUCUAAACCAAAUUUAA